GGACUAUCUAACUAAUCCUGGGGAUUUCUGGAAAGCCUUCCCAGAGGAAGGGGAUGCUUAGCUCAGAUGUUAAAGGAUAAGCAAGAAGAAUUAGCCAGAGAAAGAAGAAAAUGAAAAGUAUUCCAAGUAGAAAAACCAGCAUGCGCAAAGGCACAGAGCUGUGCUGCGUGUGGGGGAGGCGGGAGUGUUGGGUGGCCGAAGGCCUGUAGCAGUCAUUGAGAAGCCAGAUAUUGAAGGUUACUGGAUGGCCUGCUCAUGGCUUUGAACCUUCUCCAGAAGGAAACUGGAGAUGUUGAAAGAUUUUAAGCAGGAAGGUAUAUUAUGUCUAGAUUUUAAGUUUUGGAAAGAUCACUUUAGUGGCAGUGUGGGAGAUGGGCUAAAAGAAGGGAGUUAGAUGGUAGGAGGAACAUUUAAGAGGCUAAUGAGGAAUGUUAACAGCCCAGUGAAGGCAGAUGGCCGUAGAGGUAAAAGGAUGGACAUGAAAAGUAUUUAGGAAGUGACAUCGAUGAAUAUGUAAUACGCUGGAUAUGAAAGAAGGGGAAGAAUUGAGGCUGACCCCCUGAUUUCUGCAAGAGCAGGCCUUACAGGUAACUGAGGAAUCAACCAGAAGGGCAGAAAGAACACCGGGAGUGUGAAGUGACUCAGGAGCGGAGGGUAGGGAGCGAGUCAGGAUGGAGGGAUUUGUGGUCUGCGAUUUUUAAUGAGCAGAGAGACUUAGUAAACUGAAAAUGGAAAAGCUGUCUGCUGACCUGGGAGGUCAGAGGCCACUGGUUAUCUUCACUGAAACAGUUUUGGUGGGCCAGCAUGGCGGCCAGAUUACAGUGGGUUGAAUAGAAGAAUGGCAAUAAAGUGAGGACCUUUAGUCUACCACGAUAUCAAGAAGCUUGGUUUUAAAAGGAAGCACACAGAGAAAGUGGUAACUCAAGAGGGAUGUGAGUCAAAAAGAUGUGCUUUUUAAAAAUAGGUAAUAUAGCAAUGUGUUUCAAAAAUCAGAGAGUUUGAUAAAGAUACAGCGAAAAGUCUCACCCCACUCCUGUCCCCAUCUACCCAGUCCCCCUCCUCUCCAACCCUUCACAGUUGUUAACCUCUGUUGCAAUUUUUUGUGUGUCCUUGAGAAUGUGUUAAGAUGGAAGAGAGAGAAAGGUUGAAGGUGCAGAAAUGGGGUAAUCAAUGGAACAGGACCUUACUGGGUCAGGAUGGGACAGACCCAAAGCCCAGGUGGAGGGAAUUGUGGUGACUGCUCCCCCCUUGAGGAAGAGGAUCAGUGUGGGUGCAGCUUUGGUUACAUUUGUAGAAGAAAACCCAGAAAAUUAAGGGCAUGAUGGUACCUGUUUUCUUGGUGCAGUGAGACUGGCGCAUCUGAGAGGAGGGAGGUAUGGCGUGAUAGCAGCUAACAUUUACUGAACACCUGUAUUUUGUCCCGGGCUGCACGCCAGCUGAUGGAGAGGACCCAGUCAUCCAGCAUGGAGACCCGGCUGGAUGCCAUGAAAGAGCUGGCCAAGCUCUCCGCCGACGUGACUUUUGCCACUGAGUUCAUCAACAUGGAUGGCAUCAUUGUGCUGACAAGGCUUGUGGAAAGUGGAACCAAGCUCUUGUCCCACUACAGUGAGAUGCUGGCAUUCACCCUGACUGCCUUCUUAGAGCUCAUGGACCAUGGCAUUGUCUCCUGGGACAUGGUUUCAAUCACCUUUAUUAAGCAGAUUGCAGGGUACGUGAGCCAGCCCAUGGUGGAUGUGUCAAUCCUUCAGAGGUCCCUGGCCAUCCUGGAGAGCAUGGUCUUGAACAGCCAGAGUCUGUACCAGAAGAUAGCAGAGGAAAUCACCGUGGGCCAGCUCAUCUCACACCUCCAAGUCUCCAACCAGGAGAUUCAGACCUACGCCAUUGCACUGAUUAACGCACUUUUUCUGAAGGCUCCUGAAGACAAGCGACAGGAUAUGGCCAAUGCAUUUGCACAGAAGCACCUUCGGUCUAUAAUCCUGAAUCAUGUGAUCCGAGGGAACCGCCCAAUCAAAACUGAGAUGGCCCAUCAGCUGUAUGUCCUUCAAGUCCUGACCUUUAACCUUCUGGAAGAAAGGAUGAUGACCAAGAUGGACCCCAAUGACCAAGCUCAGAGAGACAUUAUAUUUGAACUGAGGAGGAUUGCUUUUGAUGCAGAGUCUGACCCUAGCAAUGUCCCUGGGAGUGGGACCGAAAAACGCAAAGCCAUGUACACAAAGGACUACAAAAUGCUGGGAUUUACUAACCACAUCAACCCGGCCAUGGACUUCACCCAAACUCCUCCAGGAAUGCUGGCCUUGGACAACAUGCUGUACUUGGCCAAAUUCCACCAGGACACCUACAUCCGGAUCGUCUUGGAGAACAGCAGCCGAGAAGACAAACACGAAUGCCCCUUUGGCCGCAGUGCCAUUGAGCUCACCAAAAUGCUCUGUGAAAUCCUGCAGGUUGGGGAACUACCAAACGAAGGACGCAACGACUACCACCCGAUGUUCUUUACCCAUGACCGAGCAUUUGAAGAGCUCUUUGGAAUCUGCAUCCAGCUGUUGAACAAGACCUGGAAGGAGAUGAGGGCAACAGCAGAGGACUUCAACAAGGUCAUGCAAGUAGUCCGAGAGCAAAUCACCCGAGCUUUGCCCUCCAAACCCAACUCUUUGGAUCAGUUCAAGAGCAAACUGCGUAGCCUGAGCUACUCUGAGAUUCUGCGACUGCGCCAGUCGGAAAGGAUGAGUCAGGAUGACUUCCAGUCCCCGCCAAUUGUGGAGCUGAGAGAGAAGAUCCAGCCUGAGAUCCUUGAGCUGAUCAAGCAGCAGCGCCUGAACCGGCUCUGUGAGGGCAGCAGCUUCCGGAAGAUCGGGAACCGCCGGAGGCAAGAGCGGUUCUGGUACUGCCGCUUGGCACUGAACCACAAGGUCCUGCACUAUGGUGACUUGGACGACAACCCUCAAGGGGAGGUGACAUUUGAAUCCCUGCAGGAGAAAAUUCCUGUUGCAGACAUUAAGGCCAUUGUCACUGGGAAAGAUUGUCCCCACAUGAAGGAGAAAAGUGCUCUGAAACAGAACAAGGAAGUGCUAGAAUUGGCCUUCUCUAUCCUGUAUGACCCUGAUGAGACCUUAAACUUCAUUGCACCAAAUAAGUAUGAGUACUGCAUCUGGAUUGAUGGCCUCAGUGCCCUUCUGGGGAAGGACAUGUCCAGCGAGCUGACCAAGAGUGACCUGGACACCCUGCUGAGCAUGGAGAUGAAGCUGCGGCUCCUGGACCUGGAGAACAUCCAGAUUCCUGAAGCCCCACCGCCAGUCCCCAAGGAGCCCAGUAGCUAUGACUUUGUCUAUCACUAUGGCUGAGCCUGGAGCCAAAGACACUGGUACCCAGGAGAAGGGAUUUGGGCCCCAGGAGAAACACUCACAGUCUGGUGCCUUGUCUUUUGCUUGUACAAAAUCCGUAGUGAUUGUGGUGGCCAGUAAAUGCCAGCCAUUCCUCAAACCCACCUCGGACCACCCAGAGUUUCCUCUUGGUCCCUGUCUACUAAGAGUCAUGAAGGCAGGGUACUCUGCCCUCCCCAUCACCGUCAAGCCUGGGAUUGGGCCAUGAGGAAUGAACAGCAGAUGUCCUUGCCUUCCAGCCCAAGAACUGCUUCUUGAAAUGGACUUAACAACAGCCACUUACCUUUUCUUCCUAAGCCUGCUCUCUGGUUAGCUGGAUUCCCAUGUGAGCAAGUGCUGGCCCAGGAAAGGCUGCCUACAGAGGACACAUGUGCGGGCGUGUUAAGAGGCCUGGAGUGACUGCCUUUGGGUGACCCACGCCUAUGUCUCAGAUCUAAGUAUAGGCCUUGGGCCUUGGCAUAGUGGAUACCUUGGGCCUUUGCUUUUGUCUUUUCAUGAGGGCUUACUCCAGCCUCAUAUGGUGCCAAGAUGCUGCUGCUUCUGAGGUUUGGCUCUAACAUCUCUGGUUUAUAGAGCCACCACAUCUCUCUUGCCCUUGCAGAUAUCAGGGCAGAUAGAAAUUUCUCCCCACAAGCUCUCAGUCUCAGCCUGGCAAGUCAAGGACCUCCAGGCUGAGUCCUACCCUCUUAGUCUCCAGGAAUGCUGCAGGGAAAGCCCAGCUGAGGCCUGGGCCUAGACUGUGGUAAGGUCAUUAGAUUCUACUCCCUUCCCCCAACAUUUAUCUUUUCCUUCCUGGGGGAGAAAUCUCCCACCUAACCCUCCAGUUUGCUUUCCUUUGGCCUUCCAUAUCCCAGGAAGUUUGCCUUCCCUUCCUCUCCUUCUUAGUGCUGUGGUUUCUGCCAUUGGCCAUGAUUUCAGGGAGCUGGCUGAGGCCACAGCUGUGCCAAUGGGGCUUCCCUGGUGCUGCAGCACUUGUAAACCACAUGCACAGCCUCUCUCUUUGGAUGUACAUUAACACAGUGGCAUACAGGACUGGCAUGGUAGGUACCACCCAAUGAAGAUUGUACUAUAUAUUUUCUUUACUAUAGUCCAUACUUAUACAGACUUGUAUAUAUAUUUAUAUAAGAUCUACCUAUCCUAGGAUGGAAUGUUGGGGGAAAAUAGAAUUGUAGGGGGGAAGAAAAGUAAUACUUCCAGUUGUGAGCCAAGAUUGUAACCAGAGAGCAGCCAGGAGCUUCCUGUGAGUAACCAUGUUUUCAAUAAAUACUCUUUCAUGUACAAACUGUA